AAAUUUGUUACUCUCACUAGAGUUUUUUUAAUAUCAGAUCAGCCCAUUUUGGCCUGUGUUGAUCUAAAGGUUUAUUGAAGUGAAGUUUUUUAGUAAAUGAACAGUGAAAGAUAAAGUGUUCAGGGUCUCCCAACUCCCGCCAAGAACAAAGCUCAGUCGUAGGUAGUCCAAAUCGAAAUAGAUAUGUAUUAAAAGGUCCAUGACCAGUGAAAAAUUGAGUAUAAAAAAUUCGAUGUGCUUCUUUGACUGAGUGAAACUUUUGGAAAGAAAGAGAAGACUCGUCUUCCUGUGGAGUCGUGAAAUCGUUACCAAAGGGAUCAAAACCUCUAUAGAAGACGUGGGUCUGGAUACUGGAGGAUUACCACAAUGGCAGACGAUCGCUUCCUUUUGCGAUGUGCAAGACGCCGUAGAUCACUAACAGCACAACAGCUGGAGUCACAUCUCUCUGCUGCAGCAAGAUGGCCCAUAUCCUACCAGACUGUGUCACGACGACUACAUGAAGGUGAACCGUACGCCCGACGACCUGUGGUUUGUGUUCCUUUUUCACCAUCGCAUGUCACAGCGCGGUUGAACUGGGCCCGUGAACAUCGCACUUGGACACUAGAGCAGUGGGACCAUAUACUCUUUACAGAGAGAAUACUGAAAUCUUCAACCGCCAUUCCAAAUGGGGAAGAUACCUGCGACGACAAAAAUUCGACAUCUUCCAUCAGCAAUCGAUGGAAUGCUUUUCGCGAUGCUUUUCGGAAGUCCAGCACACACCGCAAUCCUGGCGAGCUGGUCAGCGAACUUCGAACCCCUUCACCCACUUUAUACGCCGAGUUACGGAAGCACUUAAAGGACCCGGACUGGGCUUUGGCUUUCGUAAAAGAGAACGGAGUCGAAACUUUGUUAGACACGCUAAAAUCUCUGCAAGGAAGAAACUCAGAAGAAGUGGAACUGAAAUUACAGUGCGAACAGUGCUUACAGCUGGUCAUGGAUUCCAGAGUAGGUCUAGACUUUAUUAUGGAAAAUGCUGAUUAUACUCAGAAAUUAGCUACAG